AUGACAGAAAGAGUUACACAUUUAACUUAUGAAGCUUUAAAAAGUAUGAAGGAAUACCGUAAUGAUACAAUAAAAUAUUGUGUUUAAAUUUUAGAAAUAGAAUAAAAGAAUGAUAUGAAUACAAAAAAUGGGACUCUAUAUUCAUGUAUAUGUAGUGAUGGAUUUGCAAAAAUGAAUAUGCUAAUACUUAAUCUAAGUCCUUCAAUAUUAUCAAAUACCUCAAAAAUGAAACCCAUUAUUAGAAUCUUAGAAUUAAAGAUUAAAUAAACAUAUUAUUUAGUAAUCAACUAUGAAGUCUUAUAUUUAGAUAAAAUUUAAGUUGGUUAACCAUUGCCUUAUGAUGAUUAUAAAAAGAUGGUAUUUAUUUAAUUUACAUGUUUAGAAUUUUACAAAUCCAAAUGGAAAUAAUGAAAUUUAAUUUCCAAAAGCUCCUCAUAUGUUCCAAAUAAAUGAAAAUAAAAAAUAAUCCAUACAAUUAUAACAAUAAUAAAAAUAUGAAAAUGAUAGUUUUGAUUAAAUGUAAACUAAAUCUGGGAUUAAACUCUCAAUCAAUUAAAAACAAUAAUAAUUUAAACCAAUAGAAAAUCAAAUAUAUUAAUCACCUUCUGAUUAAAAUAUAUUAAAAAUAUCAGAACUCUAUCCUGGAAUGAGAGGAUUCAAAAUUAAAGGAAGAGUUAUUUAAAAAUCAGAUAUUACUCCAUUUAAAAAUAAUAAAGGACACUUAUUUACCAUUGAAAUUAUAGACUCUGAUAAAUAAACUAUUUAAGGAAUAUUCUUUAAUACUAUAUGUGAUAAAUUUUAUGAUUAAAUAGAAAUUGGAAAAGUUUAUUAUUUUGAAAAUGGUUAAGUAAAAACAAAUAGAUAUUCAACCAAAAAUCAAAAUUAAAGUGAUUAUCAAUUACAUUUUGAAUUAUUUUCAAAAAUAUCUCUUACCUAAGAUGAUAAAGACAUUGAUGUUUUUUCAUUCUAAAUUAAAACUAUUGAAGAUAUUGAUAAUUUAUCAUUAGAUGAUAGAUGUGAUGUACUUGGAGUUGUAAUUGAUAUUAAACCUAUUAUAUAAAUAAUGACAAAGUCAAAUGAAAAUAAAUCUAAGAAAAUCAUUACAUUAUAUGAUCAGACUUAAAGAGGAAUAGACAUAACUCUUUGGGGAUCAUAGGCAGAAAAAUGGUAAUUUUAAAAAGAUGAAAUCGUAGCAUUUAGAGGAUUAAAAGUUACUGAUUACUAAACGGUUAGAAGUUUAACAGUUACAAAUUCAACUAUAUAUGAAAAGGAUUUAUCUCAUUUAGAAAAAAUUAAUGGAUUUCGAGAAUUUUAUGAAUUUUAUUGUUAAAAUAAAGAUUUCUUAGAAUCAAAACCAAAAGAAUCAAAAAAGAAAUUUGCUUUAUCAUAUAUUGAAUAAAUAAAAAAAGACUUUGAAGGAAUUAGAGACAAUAAGCUAGUAAAAUUCUAUGAAAUCAAAGCCUUUAUAACAAAUAUAUUUACUAAAUAAUUAUAUUAUGAAGCAUGUGAGAAUUGUAAAAGAAAAAUUAUCUAUAUACAAUAAACAAAGUAAUAUAAUUGUUAAAAUUGCAAUUUAAAUUAUGAUAAGCCCUGUUACAAAUAUAUGUUUAAUGCUAAAAUUGUAGAUACAACAGGAAAUCUAAUUGUAAUUUUGCCUGACGGUUUAGGAUAAUAAGUAUUAUGUAUUUAUAUAUAUAUAUAAAUUGUAGAAGUUCCAUGUGAAGAAUUCUAAAAAAAAUCGUAGAUAGAGAAAGAUGAUUAUAUUAAAAGAGCAAAUUUUUAAUAAUAAAGAUUCUUAAUAGUAGCAAAGAUAGAAACAUAUAAUGAUGAAAAUAGACCUAAAUUCUACAUAACAUCAAUUAUUUAGGAUGAUGUGAUUAGUGAUAAUGAAGAACUUUAUAAUUAGAUAACAUAAAUGCUAAAGCAAAAUAAUUGA